AUGGCCACUGGGUUAUUAUCAACGUUGGUAACUCCACCGGACCAUUGUAAUCACUUUUGUGGUUCCUGUGCGUUUGUCUCUCUCCGACUUACGACGUUCCACUUUUAA